GGCUCUAUAGUUCUCCGAUUUCCUAGUGGGAGGUGACCUGACCUGGGGCGCAAUGGGUACCGUCCUCUCCCUGUCCCCCGGCUCCAGGAAAACAGGCAUUUUUGAGGACAACUCGGGGUCCUUCAGCCACCGCCAUGGCGUGUCUAGUGGCAAGACUCAAGGACAGCCGGAGAAAGAGAAGGAGAAAGAGAAAGAAAAAGGUUUCAAGCGCCACUCCAUGUUCAUAUCGGCCCUGACGUGGAAACGGCUGAUGGCUGCCUCCGCUCGGAGGAAGGGAUCAAAGAAAAAUCAGGCAACGGUGGGGCAGCUCAAUGGAGAGAACAUCAAGAGGUCCAUGUCCUGUGCCAACUUGUCCAGCUUUGAGCUCCAACCGGCCAACAUCCCUACCAGUGCCAAACAGGUCCAAGCCAAGAAGCCCCCAUCACACAGCCCAGGCAUAGGGUCUCCCCGGAGGGUCAUAGUCCAAGCCUCGACCAGCGAGCUGCUCAAGUGUUUGGGGGAGUUCCUUUGUCGUCGCUGCUACCGCCUCAAGCACCUGUUGCCAACGGACGUCAUUCUGUGGCUGCGAGGCGUUGACCGUUCCCUGUUGCUUCAGGGCUGGCAGGACCAAGCGUUCAUCACACCGGUCAAUGUGGUCUUUGUCUACCUGCUGUGCCGGGAUGUCAUCGACGGGGACCGUGUAGCGAGCGAGCACGAGCUUCAGGCCUCCCUCCUGACCUGCCUGUAUCUCUCCUACUCCUACAUGGGCAACGAGAUUUCCUACCCCCUCAAGCCCUUCCUGGUGGAGAGCGUCAAGGAGGCCUUCUGGGACCGCUGCCUCUGCAUCAUCCAUGCCAUGAGCGCCAAGAUGCUGCGCAUCAACGCUGACCCCCACUACUUCACCCAGGUCUUCUCUGACCUGAAGAACGAAGGGGCCGCGCUGGACUUCAGCCGUGUCUCCAUCACCCUGGACCGGUGACUGCUGGCGGGGAGGGGAGGGGGUUUGAGUGGGCCGAGAGGAAGUGGAUCAAGAUGUAGUCAGUGGUGAAUAGUGGCUGGCCCCUUUAAGGAGUUGGGAGCAGGUGGUCUCUUUAAGGUGACUGGCCUCUUUGAGAAGUUUGAAUGGCCAGGUCAGCCCCUUUCAGACAUUGGAGCGCAUGGCAACGUCUCCCCUUCAAGACAUUGGAUUGGAAGUCCUCUCAUCUUUAAGAUGUUGGAGUGGAAGGCCCCUUUAAAACGUUGGAGAGGAAGGUGCCUCCCCUUUAAUACUUGAAGUAAAAGGUCCCUUUAAAAUAA